GUUCAAGAUUAUGUCACGUGCGUUUGUUAGUUGUUGUGUUAAUGUGUUUUCUUUGACAUUUUUCAAGCAUUAUAAAUUGUUGGCAUGUAUUACAGAAACAAAUAAGUUGCAAAUAGUUAGCGAAAAUGGAUAAUAGAGUGUUGUGGUAUCCUGGUUGCCCGGAUAAGUUCGUAACUUUGGUCAUGGUCAAGAUGUAAAAUUGUAUAAAGUUGUUUGUAUAUCUGAGGAUUCUCAACAACAAUUAAAUACCAUAGGAAAUAAUGACAUCAAAAUUUCUGCUGAAUGCUAUGGAGUUCUUGUAUCAAGACUGUCUCAUAUAUCUUAUAGGUGUGCAGCAUUAUAUCCUAAAGCUGACAUUGAAAACAAAGAUUUGAUAGCGUUAGGUCAACUCAAUGGAACAGUUACUGUUCGGACUUUUGAUCAAACAACACUUGGACCAAUGCAGACUGAACGCGAAUUUGUCCCCCAUCAUCAACGACCUUGUAAUACUUUGGCAUGGAAUUCUGUCAAUUCAAAUUGGCUUGCUGCUGGUCUAGAGAAAGCAAGAAGCGGUGUUUCACUAUUUAUUUGGGAUAUUACUUCGAACUCGAAUGUCGUGGCUCUAGACAAACAAAGAUCAUCUGGCCUCCCGGGUAGAAAUAGUUCUUCAGGUUUUUCAGAGGCAGGACCAACGUAUGAAACAACCUCGAUUGCUUGGUUUCCCACUGAAUCAAAUAAUUUAAUUGCUGGUCAAGGGGGGAAGUUUUUGAAAAUAUUUGAUGUUCGAGAUCAGCCUGAGAUGUAUUGCAAACCCAAGAGGUUUGCAAGCACCAAAGCAGUGAAUGGGGUUUGUGUUGAUCCAAAUUUUGAAUAUCGUGUUGCUUCAUUUGUUGAGGGCGAUCAAGGAGCUGUAACUGUUUGGGAUAUUCGACGUUUUGAAAAACCACUGUUGAUUCUCCCAAGUGAAAAUGUGCUUCAGAUUCAAUGGAAUCCAACGAGGUCCGGAUUGUUGACAUCUCUAAGAAGAAACGAAAACGUUCUUCAUCUUUAUGACAUUCAACAUGGAUUCCCAGCAUAUGAAAACACAAGUUAUGAAGCAGAGCCUAUUGUUUUGGAGAGAAAUACAGGAGCCUUGGAACACAAUAUUUCUGGCUUCAACUGGCAUCCAUUUGAUGAAAAUCGAAUGCUGAUUGUAUCUACUAAAGGAAAUAUUAGUGACUUGACGAUACUUGAAAGAAUUUGUUUGAGUUGGUCACCACAGUUCUCGUUCUCUUGGGGGUGCGGCCGUCAUCUUAUGCAUUGUAAAGGAGAAUCUGCAUUCUCUGAAGAUAUAUCAAGACUGAUGUAUGUUCGAGCUUGUAAUUUAUACGGAAUAGAAUGGUCAAAGUCAGAAGCCAACAUUCAGGAUCCUCAACUAUCAAAGCUAUGGUCAUGGUUUCAUCGUGUUGGUAAUAUUGUAAAGUCAAUUGACGAUAGAUUAUCAUUUGUGAAAUAUCCUGGUGUUGCAUCGGUUAUAUAUGGUGAAUCUAGCAAACAAGGAUUAUGUCCCAGAUCAAAUAAAGUCGAAAAUUCGAAAUUAUUGAGAACCGUCUAUGACAGUGAUUUGAGGCAAGUAGCUCUACGGCUUUGCAAUUGGAAUUUUGACUUGGACAAUGGAAGCAGCUUAAAGUCGUUUCUACAUAAAUUAAAAUCCAAGGGAAUGUUCGAAAGGGCUGCGGCUGUUGCUGUUUUUAACAGUGAUAUAUCCACUGCAAUCAACAUAUUGAGUGAAGGAUCGAAUUCUCGUAUGGAUGUAAAUCGACAGCCAGAUUCAUAUCUCGGCAUGGUGGCUAUGGCAUUAUCUGGUUAUACACGGGAUAAAACGGCAUUGUGGCAAAAUCACUGCGUACAACUUUGUGCUAAGCUUUCUAAUCCGUAUCUUCGUGCUUUGUUUACGUUCUUGACUUGUGAUACAAACAACUACGAAGGAAUAUUGAAUGAUUGUAAACUUGAAAUCGAAGACCAAGUUGCUUUUGCUUGUAAAUUCUUGUCAGAUGAUAAGUUAGUGUCGUUCUUGUAUGAGCUGAGUAGGAAAAUGAUAGACGCUGGAAACCUAGAAGGAAUUUUAGUCACUGGAAUGACUGAAAGUGGAUUAUCUUUACUUCAAAAUUAUAUAAAUAAGACUGGCGAUAUUCAGACUGCAUGUUUGCUUGCAAUCAAUUCUUUGUCGCCGAAAUAUCUUAACGAUUCUACGAAAGUCGACAACUGGAUUCAAAGUUAUCGUGAUUUAUUAGACCGUUGGGGUCUCUGGCACGAAAGAGCCAAGUUUGAUAUCUAUCAUAGCAAUAAAAUAGGUGGUUUUAAAGUGGAAUCUCAGCAAAUAUCAGUCAGCUGUUCCUUCUGUGGUAACUCAAUUUUAUCAAAGAAUCCAGUUUCACAAGCUGGAAGAAAGUUACGCUUUUUUUCGCCGAAAGAAAAACCAACAAACAAAGUAAAGAGCAUGAGCUGUAACGGUUGUGGUAAUCCACUUCCCAGAUGUUCACAAUGUCUGUUGCGCAUGGGAACGACAUCAACUUAUCAUGAUAACAAGACCAAGUCAGCAAAUGAGUCGGAAAACGAUUUUACUGUCGAUAAACGUAAAUUGAACGUCAGUGAUCUUUGGUUCGCAUGGUGUCAAACUUGUCGUCACGGUGGUCACGUGAAACACAUGCUGGAGUGGUUUGAAGAACAUACCGAAUGUCCUGUGAACAAUUGCGAUUGUAACUGUAUGAGUUUGGAUCGAGUAAAGUAGCAUUUUUAGACAUUGUAAUGAUUAUCUAUUACAUAAAUCCUAAAUCUUUCGUGAAUAAUUUUAUUUAUAAUAUGUCGAGUUUUUAUGAGGUAAAAUAUGAACAAAUAAAGGUAAAAUUUAUAAA